AUGUCUCAUGCUGAGCUGGAGCCGCCGCGCUUUUGGUGCCACGAAUGCAGCGUGGCCAUGAAUGCGCGCGUCGACAGCAUCAGUGAAGAAUUCUGCUGCGUUCAAUGUGGUGGCAACUUUGUGGAGGAGAUCGAAGAGGACGAUCCACCGCAGGAAUUUCAAAUUGAGCGAAGAGAAGAGUCACAGAUAGAGACACAGUCGCCAGAAGCCUCUGCGGAAAAUUUGCGAGCCGAAGUUCGCAAUGAAAUGGAAGACACCCGACCAUCGUCACGACAACCGACAGCUGUAUCUGGGGCUUUUGCUGCAACAGACAAUGGACGAGAUGGACCUCCAACUCUGCCUAAUUUGCUCCAGCUUAUUUCGGGUGCUGCUGGACGGAACACACGUUUCUUAAGCAGCAACGGUAAUCCUGUAGAGGUUUAUGUGAGUGAUAUGGAAGACGGAAGAGAUCCAAUGAGCAUUUUAGACGCUUUGGGCGGUAUGUUUCCGAUGCUGGCCAGUAAUCCAGGCGACUAUGCGUUUGGCAACAUGGCUAACGUGAUAAGCCAACUUAUGCAAAAUGAUUCUAAUCGGCAUGGAGCUCCUCCUGCUUCAAAGGAAGUCGUUGAAAAGCUGCAGAAGGUACAAAUCACCCAGCUGGAUGUGGACGGCUGUGCUGAGUGUCCCGUUUGCAAAGAUUUUUUUGCUGUAAACGAAGAGCACAAUUCAUGCCCACUUUGCCGCUUUGAAUUGCCCACAGAUGACCCAGAUUAUGAAAGAAGACGCGCUGCUUCCUCUACAUAA